AUGAGCUCUGUCAACGCAAGUACCGGAUUCACGCUGUUCCAGCUACACCUCAGGCGUGUUCCACGGACAAUACCACCUGUCUCAAACUCAACGGACACCACAACAGGAGAGGGUCUCGAUGACAAAGGCGCAUGCGAGUUGAUUUUGCGGCUGGAGAACAACAUGAUGGAGGCACAGGACAAUCUUCUUGCUGCCAAAGCAGCUCAAGCUACGCAGGUCAACACACACCGUGCGCUGGAACUUGGGUUGAAGGCUGGAGACAAGGUGAUGUUAUCGACGAAGCACAGGAGGAGAGACUACAUUAUGAAAGGAGACAAACAUGUUGCCAAG